AUGGCUCGUAUCCUCAUCACCGGUUCUACCGACGGCUUUGGCUUCGAAGCAGCUCGACAGCUGAUCGAGCGUAAGCAUGAAGUCUACCUCCAUGCGCGAAGCCAGGAACGCGCCGAAGAAGUAAAGGCAAAAUGCCCUGGAGCUGCAGGUGUCUUUAUUGCCGACUUGACUACAGUCGCAGAGACCCGUAAGCUAGCUGAAGAAGCCAAUGCUAUCGGUGGCAUCUUUGAUGCUGUCAUUCUCAACGCCGGACUCCUCUAUGGACCCUACCGAAAGACAACAGACCUGGGUGUACCAUCAAGUGUUUUUGUCAAUCUUGUGGCACCUUAUCUCCUUGCAGCCCUUAUCAAGCCGCCUAAACGGCUGAUUUUUGUCGCAUCUGUCCUUCAUCACGAGGCCAGGACAGAUCUCAAGGACAUAUUUUGGUUGGAACGCGAAGAGCAAUGGAACGACUUCCAAGCAUACUGCGACUCAAAGUUCCACGUCGUUCUCCUGGCUCAUGCUAUGGCAAGACGAUUGAGGGAAAAGAAUACCUCAGUUAUUUCCCUGCACCCUGGAUAUGUCCCUACUAAGCUUGCGGGUAAAGACGCUCCUGGUAAAAUGCAGGAUGGCAUCGAGACGUAUAUUAUGCUUGCUGAAGGCGACUAUGACGUUACUCUUACUGGUGCAUACUUUGACCCAAAGCGGGAGAGGGUCCAGCCACAUGCCCUAACAGCCGAUGAAGACAAGCAGGAGGCUGUUGUGAAGGCUUGUGAAGAUCUCACUGGAGUGAAACUUGAGAGCUUUUGA